UUUCUUAUCAGUAUCAGCUGCCGAAUUCUUAUUUUGAAUUUUUGAUUUUUUGCUUGUAAUGUAUUAACUUAUCCUUAAACUUCUUGUAAAAUUGUUCAAUUCAUUGAAUCAAUUCGAACGAUGUUGGGUUGAUACAACGUUAAUCGAUUUCACAAAUUCGUCAUAGUGACCGUAAACAGAAAGAUAUUCUCAUAGAAUGGAUGUGCAGUUUCGGCACCCUGACUGGAGUUCGAACGAGGUAAUGCAGCAUUGUAAAACGCUGAAACGACUGCUGCAAAUGCUACCGUUGACGAAUCCUUCGGAAGAAGACCUCUUAGAAAUAUUGAAGACGAAUGUCAAGCUAUUUGCAGCAUUUGUCGAACAAGAAACGCAAUCCCUGAUUGAGGACAUAGAAUCGAAUCAGCAACGACUUAGAAACAUCGCUAAUCCGACGAACUCCUGUACCGAGAAUGACCAGGAUAUGGCGGAAAGUAAACCCCGAGACGAAAAUCAAACCAUAGAGACUUCACAGAUGGCGAAUCCAAUCAGUUUUGAGGUUCCUUCUCAUCAACGUCAGGUUCAUCCAACAACGUAUGAUCAAGAUGAAUCAACGAAGAAGAUAUCUACGAGCGAAUUUACUAUCGCUUUAUGUGCUCGAUGCGGCUCGAAUUUGGCGUUAAAUCCCGACGGAAAAGUUCUCAAAUCUCAUAUUGUGACCGCUGAAUGUGGUGAUACAUUUCAUGUCAAGUGUUAUCGCGAAAUUUUCGAUCCAGAUGGUCGUAGCGAAUCGAAAUGCCCGCGACGACAAUGCUCAACCAUGCUAGUCUACAAUCGCUUUACAAAAUCCCUUCUACGGACCAAGAAGUGUACCAUCGAAGACCGGUAGUCGGAGAAUUCAAGGAUUAAAACGAAAAUAAGGGAGUUUCGACGUCGAGUCGACGAUCUCAUCAAAGAGAACGAAAAUCUCGAUAUCGAAGCGAAAAUGGCGAAUCUGCGCCUAAAAGAGGAGAAAGAAUGUAAUCGAAUUAUUUCAAAUCAGCUCGAGUACCUGCGUAAUCGAUUAUCGCUUCAAUAUCCAGGAAUAAGCUUCGACUUAGGUGAAGAAUCUAACCUGUACCCACCCACUCAUGCGGUUCCCUUUCGGAAACCAAUGAUACCGUUGAUGAGCAGACCAAUCGUGGCUCGAAAUUCCGCAGCCCCAUUUCAAAGACCCCUUCCGAGCCGUAAUGUUCCGUUGGUGACGAUAUCUGACGAAGACGACGAACCAUCAGGAUCAAAAAAACCACCGGAACCUAAAAGUGAAACGGUCGAACCACCUCCUCCUGGCACUUCACCUGAUGAAAGCGGUGUUGAAAUGGAAGACGUUUCAACGUCUUCGAAAAACGAAAUCCAUUCGCGAAAAAUUAAUCCUGAUCGUCGCGACUCCAACAAAACGUCGAUGAAAAAGAAAACUCGUUCUAAGAAUAAAUCAAGCAUCCAGCGAACACACGAAGAAGAGUCGCCACGAUUGAAACAGGCGAUAUUGAUCAAAAAAUCAUCAGACUUCCAACAUCGUCCCGUCGAAGAAGUUCACCAGCCGACUGGGCCGCAGAACAGGAAACGCGCACGUGCCCGUGCGGAUUUUCAGGCAGAUUACGGCAUAAGCGCUGACCUGCUCUUUCCAUUCGAGCCAACUGGAAAAAAUCCACUCGGAUUGACUCAGGCGGUGAUGGAUGGAAGCAAGGAUCUAGUUCUCUUCCUGACUGACGCGAUGUUGAUCGGAGACGGUUACGUGCACGGUGUUGUGACGGUGGACGCCAACAAGGCUGAUUACUCGUCCAAAUUUUACUUCCGCGAAUUACCAAUCCUCGAAUUCAUCUAUCUCGUCGCUCAACUUCCCUAUCUUCCGCGAACAUUGAUAUGUUCUAUCGGAAAUUACGAAGCGAAUCGCGAAUUACCCGCUGAUGAAUUCAGAACUGAUUUAAACCAAUUGCUGUCUUUGCUGAGUCAAAAAGGAGUCGAAAACUUAUUCGUCGUUCCGACUAUUCGUCAUCGAGAAGAAACUUCAUCUCAUGCUCGUAUCGACACAAUUCUACAACAACCUUCGAUCUUUCGCGGAAUGCAUCGUGUAAUUACACCAAUUAUUACAGACGCUCGAUCUCGGUUUUCUGAUCCUGUUGUUAUCGACAAUAUGCCGACACUCGAGGAUGAUUUCUUCCGCGCGUUAUUACGAUUGAUGAAGAUCGCACUCAACGAUCGCAUGCACGAUGAUGCGAAGUAUCCGCCGCUACCACCCCCACGUUAUUAAAUAUAUUAUAUUGCUGCGGAAAUGCACUGGAAACGAUUCUGGGAAUCAGCCUAAAACCCAAGAAAAAAAGGAGAAGGAGACGACCUCUAAAAAAGUAUAAGAAACGUUGCGAUCAGGAUCAAGGAAACGCGAACGUGAACGGAACUGAAAGCUAGUCUCUUUGAGAAACAGAAACGAGAACAAAAUCGAGGUCGAGAGUGUUCGUUUCCAUUUUUCAAAAUCUUUUCUCUUUUAGAUAGAUGUUCAUAAAAAGUGUAAAAUUUCAAUUUUGUUUUUUUUUUCUCUCAAAUUAAACGGUAGGAAAAAAUGUUUUCAAAUUUGUGAGGAAUAAUAAUUUAUAGAAGCAAUGCGAAAACGGAAACGAAAAUAGAAACACCGUAUUAUCAUUCUAUAGGUACCGGAAACGUUUUUUCUUUGCAUUUCCGCUGCACUGUGUUUUUUUUUGAGUUGAAUUUUAUUUGCUACAGAGAAUGUUUUGUUACGUUAUUGGAUGAACUUUUAUUUUUGUACAAUAAUCGAUAUAAUGUUAAAUCUCAAUUAAAUUACCUUAUUUUUGAUGUACAUUUAUGUUUAAUAAUCUUGUUGUGCAAGUACAUCUAAUAAAUACUUGUAAUUUUUGGUUGUAAA